AUGGUCAACAUGGUGCGAAACAGCAAUCUAGUUGCAUUGACAGACGGCGUAACGGAUACAGGCGCAGUAACUGCAGGUUUUGUCGCUGCAACAACCGCAAGUUCAGGUGCAGGUGCAACCACAUCAGGUUAUGUUACUGCAACAUCAGCAAGUUCUGUUGCAGGCACAACCACAACAAGUUUUGUCGCAGCAACAUCAGCAAAUUCAGAAGCAGGUGUUGCAACAGUUGCAGUUAUAGCAGAUCAAUUGCAUGAAAGUUUUGAGACAGAUUUAUCGUCAACAUCCGGGGGGCUACCUAGUGAUUUCGAUGCUGAGUUUGGCAAGUUUAGGGAAGGCCCGCAGGAACAGUCUGAGCACAUUCAACAACCGUUUGUCGAUGCAAAUGAACAGGUGUUGCAGCCAUUAAAUACAGUUUCGGCGAUUGAAUCAUUACCGAUUAUUGAAACUAUAGUUUUUACUGAGCAUUGCGAGCAUACUGAUUCUUUUUGUUUGUCUAAUGAUCCUGUUAUUGAUUGCAGGAAAUCUUGCGAGCAGGGGCAAGACCAAGUGGCAGUACCUGAUGCCAAUUUAUCUGUGACAGCUGAACCGACACAAUGCCAAGUUGCUGAUGUUCCAAAAGAAGCAAAAGCAGACCAACAGGUUGGAGUUUCUGAUGAUGGCUUCCAAAAUCAGCGGUGCAACAAUAGUGCCGAAUUGGUCAAUGAUGCAACAGAUUCUUUGCUGGUUAAGCAGAAGUUUAAAAAGGUCGAUGACAGUACCCAAUUAUGCAGCAUUGAUUUUGAAGGUGGCAACAACAAUUAUGCUUAUUUAGAUUAUGGUGGUGCUGUUGAAUGGAGGAUUCAUUUGGCUAAAGAUCGCGAGUUGCUGAAAUCCUUGAUUGGCCGAGAAAAGAACCGUUCUGCAAGAGCUCAGUCAAAGAUGCUUACAUCUUCCGUUAUGCGGCCUAGCAGAAUCAAGGCAUUUGGGGGCAAGGUGGUCGAUGCUAAGUCUAGCAAUGUGUCGUCUAAGAUUAAUAGCGAUGUAAUCCAAUGUAUGGCCGACCAAGAGGAAAAGUAUGUUGUUGAAGUGUCGACAAUUGAUGAUAAGGUCGACGGCGAUCAAGCAAGAUCUAUUGCAGAUGCUAGUAAGUCAUUUUCGAUUAAUGGAGCACUUGAAAGUAGUAGUGCCACAUCAAGCUCUCAGGUUCAGAAUGAUAGUGGGUGCCAGAAUAGUGGUUCUCCUGCACAUGAGGGUCAGUUCCAGCAAGUUCAUAAGGAUCGUCGCGGUAAUGUUGACUAUCAUACAUGGCGUCAACGCAGUACAAGAAGUUCUGGCAAAGCAGGUGAUUUUCGAAGGAGACGUGCAACAUCUGGGCAAAGUAGGCAUGCACCUCGCUUUAAUCAUUAUGUUCCUCAAUUUGCAUGGGUGCCGUACUACUUUGUUGUUCAGGCAGGUUGGUGCUUCGUCGAUGUUAGUGCCAUGCCAAACGCAUAUUAUUGGUGA